CAUCUCCCAAACACAACAGCUGUUCCUCUGAAGAAACCCUAAAACUUCGCCUAUAUAAACCACGUCAAGAUCCAACACCUCCAUACACAAUAUUUCACUUCAAAUACACACACAUAUAUAUAUACACACACGCGCAGCUCGACACAUGGCAAGGUGGUUCGCCGUGUUCCUAGUCGCUCUCGCGGUGGUUCAAGCCGCCGCUGCCGCAAGACCAACGCCCAAGAACGCCGGCCUUGACGACCAGAAGAACUUCGUCGCCUUCGGAGGCGUAGGAGGAGUAGCCGGAUCUGGAAUCGGCGGCGUUGCUGGCGUUGUGCCUAUUGGAGGCGGAGUUGAAGGCGCCGGUGGGGUCGUGCCCAUCGGCGGACUCGGUGGCCUCGGUGGUGGUUCGGGCAUCGGCGGUUUGGGUGGAAUAGGCGGCGGUUGCGGCGGCUGUAGCGGCGGCGUUCUGCCGUAAUAGCCGUACUGUGAAAGAGCUUAUGUAUUUGUUUUCAUAAUUAAUGUGUCCACUAUACGUACGUACGUAUUCGUUAGUUUCUCUUUGUAUUGCAUGCCUUUGCAUAUUAAUUAAAUAUAAUGUCUCUUUGUGUUGCUUUUGUGUUAA